AUGGAUUCGCAAAGGACAUCCGAGGUGUCGCCCGAGGCGAUGCAGGCCCGCAUUCAACAGGCGCGUCGUGAGGCCGAGACGCUCAAGGACAGGAUCAAGAGGAAGAAGGAUGAGCUCGCCGAUACCACACUCCGAGCCGUCGCCCAGCAAGCACACGAGCCGAUCCCCAAGAACCAGUUGAUGAAGGCCAAGCGGACGCUCAAGGGCCAUCUCGCCAAGAUUUAUGCUAUGCACUGGUCGACCGACAGAAGGCAUCUGGUUUCCGCUUCGCAGGAUGGCAAGCUCAUCAUCUGGGACGCAUACACCACCAACAAGGUCCACGCCAUCCCCCUGCGCUCGUCCUGGGUCAUGACGUGCGCCUAUGCGCCCAGCGGCAACUACGUUGCCUGCGGUGGUCUCGAUAACAUCUGCUCCAUCUACAACCUCAACCAGAACCGGGACGGCCCCACCCGGGUUGCCCGCGAGCUCUCCGGCCACGCAGGCUACCUGUCGUGCUGCCGCUUCAUCAACGACAGGAGUAUUCUCACCUCUUCUGGUGACAUGACCUGCAUGAAGUGGGACAUUGAGACUGGCAGCAAGGUUAUCGAGUUCGCCGAUCACCUCGGAGAUGUCAUGAGCAUCAGCCUCAACCCGACCAACCAGAACACCUUCAUCUCUGGUGCCUGCGAUGCCUUUGCCAAGCUGUGGGAUAUCCGUGCUGGCAAGGCCGUCCAGACCUUUGCUGGACACGAGUCUGAUAUCAAUGCGAUUCAGUUUUUCCCUGACGGGCACUCUUUCGUCACCGGCUCCGAUGACGCUACGUGCCGGCUGUUCGAUAUCCGCGCCGACCGUGAAUUGAACGUCUAUGGCUCCGAGUCGAUCCUGUGCGGCAUCACCUCUGUUGCCACCUCGGUGUCUGGCAGACUGCUGUUUGCCGGUUACGACGACUUCGAAUGCAAGGUCUGGGAUGUUACCCGUGGCGAGAAGGUCGGAUCUCUGGUUGGCCAUGAGAACCGUGUUAGCUGCCUCGGCGUGAGCAAUGACGGCAUCAGUCUGUGUACUGGCUCUUGGGAUUCUCUGCUGAAAAUCUGGGCGUACUAA